AAAGAACCCGGAGAUUACCGGGCGGGGACGCGCCGUCGCGCUGGGUGCUGGCGGAGGAGAGCGACCCGGAACUGACCGCCGCGGGAAAGAAGCGACACCAGCCCGGGAUUCGCGGCUCGGAGCUGGGGACCGAGCCAGAAGUAAGCGGGGCCCAGAUGACGGUCUCGUCGAUUGGAGCCGCGUAGAGUGCCAGUCAGGCUCCAGGACCAGAGCCAUGGUGUUUUGUUGUUGUUUUUUGUUUUUUAAUUGGUCAGAAUAAACCGGUUUAGCCACGUAUACUUGGAGCUGUGCAUUCACUUCCUCCUCCAGCCCAUUAGCACAUCAGCAUUUUCCCUGCUGCUUUUCACCCUGUAUGGCCUUAGAAAAGUGUGUAAAUUUGCCUUUGUGGAGCUUAUGAGAGGCAAACACUUCCAAAUUCCCAGUACAUUCCAGAUUUUGACACCACGCCGCUUUGUGUGCACUUCCAGAGAAUGAUAUUCGUUCGUGCAUGCAACAAAUAUCAGUGUCAGGGACCGUGCCUGGGCUAAAAAUCAAUCCCUAGAGUUACUCACCCCCCAAGCUUAAAAGAAUCAGCUUUUUUAAAAAAUAGACUUUAUUUUGUAUAUUCUUCAAACUGCAAUUCCGUAUUUUUGAAAAAAGACUAUUUUUUUAGAACAGUUUUAGAUUUAUAGAAAAAUCGUAAAGCUAGUGCAGAGUUCCGUGUACCCCAAACCUUGUCCCCAUUCAUUUAUUAACACCUUACAUGAAUAUGGAACAUUUGUUAACAAUUAAUGAACUUGUAUCGAUACGUUAUUAUUGGCCUGCAUCCAUAAUGUAUUCAGAUUUCCUUAGUUUUUACCUAAGUACUUUUUCUGUUUCAUUAUCCCACCCAGGUUACCAUAUUCCAGUUAGCUCUCAUUAUGCUCCCCGUGGCUGUGGCAGUUUGUCAGACUUUGUUUUUUGUUUUGUUCUGUUUUGUUUUUUUUGUGGUACGCGGGCCUCUCACUGCUGUGGCCUCUCCCGUUGCGGAGCACAGGCUCCGGACGCGCAGGCCCAGCGACCAUGGCUCACGGGCCCAGCCGCUCCGCGGCAUGUGGGAUCUUCCCGGACCGUGGCACGAACCCGUGUCCCCUGCAUCGGCAGGCGGACUCUCAACCACUGCGCCACCAGGGAAGCCCCUCAGACUUUGUUUUUGAUGAUCUUGAGAGUUUUGAGGAAUACCCCCCAUGUGUAUUAUAGGAUGCCCCUCUAUUGGAAUUUGUCUGUUGUUUUUCUUCUGAGUCUGGGCUUAUGGGUUAUUGGGAGGAAAACCACAGAGGUAGAUUGCUGUUUUCAUAACUUCACAUCAAGGGAACAUGCUUUAUAACUUGAUGCUGAUCUUGAUUACCUGGCUGAGAAGUCAGGCUUCUCCACUGUAAAGUUACUCUUCCUCCCCUCCCUGCCCCAAGCCCCACCCCCACCCCUUCCAUACUGUACUCUUUGGAAAGUAGUCAAACUGUGUGCAGCCCUGACCUAAGGAAUGGGAUUAUCUCCUACCUCCUUAAGGGCAACUCCAUACAUAUAUUAUCUGGAAUUCUUCUGUGUGGGAGAUUUGUCUCUUUUGCCUUAUUUAAUCACUUAUUCAAUCAUUUAUUUGUAUCAGUAUGGACUCAUGGAUAUUUAUUUUAUACUUAGGGUUAUAAUUCAGUACUACUUUGUUUUGUUACAACUUUAGCCAUUGCGAGUUCUUUUAAGUUGGCUCCUGUGCUCUUUUCUAGCAUGUCUUUUUAUAGAGUUUUUUGCUGUUGAAAACACUUUCACUUACAUGACCUCGAUUAAAGUUCAAAACAGCCUGGCGAACUUGACAAGACGUUAUUCUUACCUUGUAAAGCAGUAAGGAAACUGAGGCCCAGGAGAAGUAGGUGACUUCUUAGAUGUCACUUCCCCCAAAGGGAGUGAUAGGCUGGGCUCAGACUGGGGUGACCACUGCAGAAGACACUGCGAGCUGCAGAGGAGAGCCCGUAGUUGGAAUUGAGGCUUCUUGGGGUGACUUCAGACUUAUACCCCCCAGGAUCAGAAUAGGAAACGACAUGGAGAAUGGGAAGAAAUUGGUUUUGGAAAACAAAGGUUUAAUUUAGCUGGCAUCCAGGAUGAAUUAAAACUUGCCAACUUGGUAAAAUGCAGUGACCUUUCCCCCCAAACUAUAUGUGCAGAGGGAGGAGAUCUGGGUAAUGUUUGUGGCCAAGAAUGUCUAAUCUGAGGGGAGCCCCUGGAGCCUCCUGCUGAAGCGAGAUUGCAAAGUGGUAAGGGGAGUGUGGUGAGGGGGAGAAUGAAGAAGAUAUGGGGCUCUGGAAUCAUGGGAUAACAUUUAGCCUCACAAACAUUUACAGACUUUGUGCCUGAUACUGGAGAUACGAAAAGAUAGGUUUGACGUGACCCUUGGGUUCACAUCCUGGUUGGAAGAAAGAUGGGUAAAAAUAUCAAUUAGGAAGUGGUAUGAUAGUGCUAUAAUAGAAAUGUAGUAUCUGCAGGAGCUUCCUGAGGGAGGGAAUUCAUUCAGCUCAGAGGUGGGAUGGGCACAGGAAGGACCUCACAGAUAAGGGGGCAUAUCUGAUUCAGGUUUCAAGGUUGAGCUGGGACUGAGAAGCUCAUGUACAAGAGCAAGGGGUGGGGAGAGGGGGCGGUGACGAAGGGGCUGUCUUUCCAGUUCAGUGUCUCUAGCGUUAGGAUUCAAGGCUGGAUGGGUAAGUGGGGGGCAGAUUAUAGGGGGCCUGUGUGCCCUGCUGUGCAGCUUGGACCUCAGGAGCUUCGAAGCAGGAGGGUGACGGGAUGAGUUCCAUGUGUUAGAGGACCCCAGCAGCACUUUGUACGAGAUAUGCUACAUUUCACCACAUCUAAGAUGUCAUCAAUUAUUUUAUUUCCACACAGAAAAAAUAUCUUGCCAGUUAAAUCAUGGCAUGCCAUUUAUCACAUUGCAGAGAUGCAAACAUGUAAUGACAUGGGUGUCUCAAAUUUGAUUAAAGUAGUAACUUCCUAGCUGGUGGUUUAGGGCCCUCCUUCCCCUGGGGAAUGAAUGGUUAGACUGUCUCCAUCUCACUAACCCAUAGAUUUUGAGUUCACUGACUCCAUUUAUGAUCUUGAAGAAACUAAAUUUGAUAAACUGGUUUUUUCCUGCCGGAUAACCAAUUGUCAAAACAAACAAACAAAACAAUAAAACUGGGAUACCUGAUCCAAAGAUACCAUCUAUGUCUAUUCUGCUUUGGUGGCUCUUGAUCACAGCAGUGACUUUAUGUUGUGCAGUAAAUAUUCUGGUAUGCUUGCCAAACCUUUAUUUCAGUUUGUCCUGUGAAUUGCCUGGAUGUUACCUCCUACCCCUAUUACUUCACGGUGAUAUUGAGACCCAGAAAGGUCAAGAAUCUAGCCCUGGGCUGCACAGCAGAGUAGCUGAGGCUGGGUGGUAAUCUGGGUUUUCAUCCUAACCCAGGACUCUUCACUUUAGGCUUUGGUUAGAAUGACAGCUGGGGUGGAAGAAGAUCUGCCUGCUCCUCACUCACAGUGGAGCAGGUUGGAGAUCUGUUAUGUCCUGGCAGGUUGUAUUCUACCUGUGGGGCCCAGAGAGAACAGAAUUGCCACUUAGUAUCUACCUUUGCCCAAUGCUUUGUCUAGAUGAAGAGGCUGAUUUUUCUGCAUGAGCUCUUUGUAUAUUUCAGCCCAGUAACCAUCAAUAACUUCCUCUGCUGUAUCUGGCAGGAAUUUGGGGUGGGGAUGGGGGAGGGCAGAUGAUAGACAAGUCCAAGCUGGCUGGGCAGAAAGGGCAUUUAUUGCCCCCAGUGAUAGAAAAGUUCAAGGUUAGGCUAGCUUCAGGCACAGCUCGAUACCGGUUUCACCGGAUGCCAUCAGGACCUGGUUUCUUUCACUUCAUCCCUGGGUUGGCUUCAUUCUCAAACAGGCUAACCCUCUGGCUAGCUGCUCUAGCAGCUCCAAACUGUUGGACCUCACUUCUUGCAAGUUCUAGAGAAAAAGUUCUCAAGAAUCUUUUUUCCCCCGUGACUCAACUAGGUCUCCUUGUGACUGGCUGCAAUUGAGUCAUGUUCUCAACCCUGAAGCAAGCACUGUGGCCAGGGGGGCUUACGACUCUUUCUCUUGUUCCACCUUUGAGCUGGGGGGAGAGCUCUGCCCCAAGCACAUGAUCUCCAGAAAGGAACUGGGUAAAGUUAGCAGAGGAAGGAAGAAUGGAAGCUGGUGGACCCCUUCCUGCAAAAGAUAAACAUUUACAGCACUUACUAGUUGGAUCAAGGGACAAUCUGAUCUGCUGCUUUAGGGCUGAUUCCCUGGCCUGUUACUGGGCCUUUCUUCAUGCUGUUUCUUUUUAUUAUUUGUUUAAAGCAUUAUACAUACACACAAUGGGAUUCUAUUUCCCGUUCACCAGAUUGGCAAUUUUUUUUUUUUUAGAGUGUGAAUAAUCUAUUGCGUAUUUAAUUGUUUUUUUUUAAAUUGAGGUAUAAUCGACAUGUAACAUUACAUUAGUUUCAGGUGUACAACAUAAUGAUUUGAUAUUUGUAUAUAUUGCAAAAUGAUCACAAUAGUCCUGUUAACAUCUGUCACCAUGUAUAGUUACAAAGUUUUUUCUUCUUGUGUUAAGAGCUUUUAAGAUCUACUCUCCUAGCUACUUUCAAAUAUGCAAUUCAGUAUUAUUACAUAUAGUCACCUUGGCAGAAAUAUAAAAGAUGAAAAUAUCAGGUAUUGGUGAGGCUGGAGCAACAUGGGCGCUCGGAGCCUGCUAGUGGGGACACGCGAUGGUACAACCACUUUGGAAACAGUUUGGCCUGAUCUAGGUAAGUUGGGGAUGCAUCCUGCUUGCCUGGGUGUACGAGGGCAUGUGAGCAGAAAUGUUCACAGAGCAGUGUUUGUAAUUGUCCCAAACUGGAAACAACUCAGGGGCCAUAAGAAGUAGACUGCAUCAGGGAGUUCCCUGGCGGUCCAGUGGUGAGGACUCAGCACUUCCACUGCCAAGGGCCGGAGUUCGAUCCCUGGUUGGGGAACUAAGAUCCUGCAAGCCGCAUGGCGUGGCCGAAAAACAAAAUUGGCUACAUUAGAAGUAAAAUUAUACAGUCAUAAAGCAAUGAAAAUGAACAAAAUCGGCUCAUAAUCGUGUGAGUGAACCUCACAGACUUGACGUAGAUAGUCUCCCCCCCCGCCCGCCCCUCCCCCCCAAAUGCAGUACGAUUCCAUUCAUUUGAAACGCUCAAAACCAGGAUAAAUAAACUGUUUUGUUCAUGGAUGCAUACCUAGUGUAAAAUGAAAGAAGAGGGAAGGAGCGAUUAUCACCAUUAUAAUCACAACCAUUUCCCGGGACACAGCUUUUUCUUCUCUCCUGGUUUCUGUACGUUCCUGGAGCCAAACCUUGGAUACCAUGACUGGGGGUGUGCUGGUGAUUGCAGCCCACUGUUCUGCAGGGAAUCUGAAGAAAUCACUUCUGUCUAGUACUUUCUCAUCUUGCUGGAGGGCAAGGACAAGUGGCUGAGAUUUCUUGCACUCGUUCAGCAGAUACUUAGGAAGCAUUUUGUGGGCAUCAGACGCUCUGUGCCUGUGCUUUAUUCACUUCCUCAGCGAGUUUUUCAUGUUUCCUCUGUCAGGCAUUGUGCUAGAUUCUGGGGAUAAGGCGGACACAGUCUCUGUCCAAUGCAGUGGGAAAAGCUGGUGUUAAAUAAGUAAUUAUAAUAAUAAGUAGGGACUCAACGAUUGCAUAGAAGUAUCCAGUGCAGUGUGGAGUGCUGGGGGGCUGUAUAAGGGAGAGAGCAUGUGGCCUCAGUGUGACAGGUCAGGAAAGAGGAGGUGGCUUUCAGCUGAGACUUCAAGCUGGAAAAGGAGUCUACUAAGAAGGAAAGGAAUGGUGUUCUAUUCAGAGGGAACACCAUUUUCAAAGCGUUCAGGCAGGAAAGAGCAUGGCACUUUUGGAGGCUUAGAGAGGGGUUUGGUUUGUCUGUGGGGUCGAGUUUGAAGUGGGCAAUGGCAGGAAAUGAGCCUGGAGACAAGGCCUGGGCCUAGAUUAUCAGCGGCCUCACAGAGCGUGGGAAGGAGUUUUCACUUUAUCCCUGGAGCCUGGGAAUUAACCACGGUGGUUACAUGAGCGAACCUGUGUUUUAACACGUGGCAGGGUAUGUUUGAGGGACGAAAGGAAGGCUGCGGUGCCUGGAACACUAGGCAAUGAAGAGAGGUUUAAGUAAAUCGGGAAAGCCUUGAGGAUUGUAUAAUCCCCACAGUUAGCUCUGAUUGCAACUUCCAAAGGAUCACUCAGUUAUGUAACUAGAUGUAAGCUCUGGGAGGGCAGGGACUUUCCCAUUUUUGUUCCCUGUUGUAUCCUCAGUGCCUGGCGCUUAGUAAAUACCUAUUACCUGUUGAAUGAAUUUUGACACCCUCCUACUUAAAAGCCUCAGCAGCACUUCAAAGCCUUGUCCCAUCCAACUCCCAGUGGCUGCUGCUCCCAUGCCCCACCCUGGGCCCUGUGGGGAUUUCCACUGUUCAGAGCAUGUCGUCUUGGCCUGGCCCUGGGGGUGUGCAUGGCCUGCACUGUGCCUCAGAGCACCAGUGACGCUUGACCUGUGGGGGAAAAGUAACCCACGUGUGACCUCAGCAAUGCACCGCCCACCAAACUGGCAUCCCCUGAGAUUGCCUGGUGCCCAGCCCACAGCCAGGCCUGUAAAGAUAUUGGGAGUCCAGGUGUCGGCAACAGGGGCAUGGCCACUCCUUCUAGUGUCCAGAUCCAGAUCACUUGCAUUUUGCCCUGAAGUUUGUCCUUUCCUGCUUUGUUUGAGGUGUCUCACAGAAGUUUACUUCUAAGAGAAUUUGGUUAUUUCAGAUUAAGAAAUGAGGUUUAAUCUGGAGCCCCAAGAGCCCUUAAAUGGCCUUCCCACAGGGCACGGAGCCCUAGGCUAAGCACUUUAGGAUCACAAGGAAGAAGGGGCUCUUGUUUGGAGCCCCAUGCGUGGACUUGAGAAGCAGCCUGGAGACCAGGGUGCAAACCCAGCCCCCUCCAUUCACCUUCCUGGGCCUUGGAGUCCACAUCUGGGAUUCGGUGUCUUCUAGGGUCCCUUGCUGUGGCAUGUAGGAGCCCAAGGCAGCAGGAAGGAGGGACGAAGGUGUGGGGCAUCAAAAGCCAUGGGAAGUUGAGGGAAGGUUUAGAACCUGCUAGGGUAGAAGUUGGCAACUGUUAAGAAACAGGGGUCUUGAGUUAGAUCCUCUCCCUCUGGGAUGGGUGAGGAGUGUAAGUACCUACUGUGGGCAUUCGUGGCGAUGCUUCCCUCAGCUAGUUUUUUUUUUUUUUUUUUGACCUGAAUCAAACUGUUUAUUAAAAUUACACAUAAUACAUCAUAAUCAAGUAGGGUUUAUUCCUAAAUAAAGAUGACUUAUAAGAAAAUAUUUUAACACAAUUCAUCACAUUAAUGAAUUAAAGGAAAAAAACACGUGACUAUAUAAAGAAGAAAAAAUCAUGUAUCAAGUUAUAUAUAUAUAUAUACACGUAUGUAUAAUAUAUAUAUAGAAUUCUCUAAAUAGUAGGAGUAGAAGUUUCCUUUCAUAACUUGAUAAAGUCUAUCUACCAGAAUUCUAACCAUGAAAAGAGAAACCUCAGCUAGUUUUUACAACUCACAGUGGUUCUUGCAGCCAACACUUGUGCAUGGCAUCUACAUCCUGAAAUGUGUGCCAGAAAUUACGUGGUGUCACCUCAGCCAGUCUGUUGACAUAUGCAGAGUAGGUAUUUAGGAGAUGCGGAGGGCUGUAGGGGACAGGUGGUUGGUGGGGCAAGGGGGACUCAAAAAGGUCGGGAGUGUCUCCAGUUCUGCCUGGUUCUGUGGAAUUGAAACCAGCUUCUGGUUUAUUGAAAGGACAGAAGACCUGUCCACCCCAGAGCGGGGGUGAGUGGCUUCUGGUAGAAGGUAAUCCAUGAAACGACUUGCUCAGGUUUCAGAAUUCUCAUUUGGGUAAAGGACGUAGGGUGGACCAUGUCGUUGUGAAGACUUUCUGGCUCUGGCUUUCUAUGGUUUCUGUCCACCCGAGAGCCAGGAAUGGAGAGGAGUGUGAUAGUUUUACCCCUUAUUGUGAAAACCUGUCGAGAUCAUCAGAAUGUGCUAAAGGCACAAAUGAUAGAAAAGGCAGAAUCACAGGGGAGCGUGGUAAGUUGGGGAGGGGUUUUGGAGAGGGUCAGUAUUGCGUCGGCUCGAAAGGGUUGGCUGUGCGGUGUGAGCCCAGGUCCGCCCGCAUCUCAUACAGGAGCCCUGCUGCCUGUCGAAUCUAAGGCAAGGGUGCUUUCGCUCAGCGUCAGCAGUAAUACAUGCCCCUUUACUUUUGUCAGCACUCUCCAGUUUACAAAGCCCUUCCAUUGAGAUGACCUCAUGCGAGCUUCCUGACAAAGGAGCUGGUAUUAGGCCCUGUUUUACAGUUUGCCUGGGCAGAGAAGAGAGUGUAAUGGAUUGGGCUGAGGCAUCGGCACCAGACACUGCUUCCUAGCCACGUGCUCUUGGGCAAGUUGCUUCCCUCCCUGAGCCUCAGUUUCCUCAGAAAAGUAUCCUGAGCAUUAAAUAACAUAAGAUGUGUAAAUGGCCGGUAAGGUGGGUCCUACAGAAAUGCUGUCACCAAGAAGUUGUUAGUCGCUGGGCUAUUGGGUUAGAGCCCUGACUUGAACCUGGUUUCAACCCACAGAUUUACACCUCGAGUCUUAUACAUAGUCAGCAAUGCCAGAGUAAGCCAUCUUCAAUAUUUGUUAUAUAUUCAGGAUGGAGCCUAUAUAAUCAAGUAAUGGGAUUGAACAUAGAACUGUACUGUGUUUCAUUUGUUAGUUUCAGCAGACUCUCAAACAAAUGCAUAUGCAAUUAACAUUGCCUUCCUUCCUCUGAAUCCAUUCAUUUGUUCAGCACCUAUGUAUUGAGCUUCUACAAGUGUUGGGCACGAUCAUCUCUCUAUUAGAGAUUUUCUGGCUUUUUAUUUUGUUUUGUUGAACCAUUUAAAAGUAAGUUGUAGUCAUACAGUCCUAAAUACUGCAGCAUGUGUUGCCUGAAAAUAUGUACAUACAUACAUAACUUCAAUAAAUGCUAUUAAAAAAUCAAUAAUAAUUUCUUAAUAUGAUGCAAUACCUAGUCUUUUGUCUAAUUUCCUCUAAUUGUCCCCAAACUGUUUUUAAUAGCUUUUUUUAAAAAACCAGGAUCCAAUCAAAGUAUUUGCGUUUGAUUGUUAUUUCUCUUUAGUCUUUUUAACUCAAGAACAAUCCUGUUUUAUUUUUUAUGACUGACUUUUUAAAAGUCCAGGCCAGUUGUCUUGUGGACUGUCUCCUAUUCUGGAUUUAUCUGUCUCCUGAUGAUGGGCUUUAACUCAUUCUUCUAACCCUCAUAUUUUCUAUAAACUGGAAGGUAGGUUGAAAGAGGUGAUUGGAUUCAUUCACAUCAAACUUUUUUUUAUUUUUUAUUUUUGGCUGCGUUGGGUCUUCAUUGCUACACAUGGGCUUUCUCUAGUUGCAGUGAGCAGGGGCUACUGUUUGUUGCAGUGCGCGGGCUUCUCAUUGUGGUGGCUUCUCGUUGCAGAGCACGGGCUCUAGGCAUCAGUAGUUGUGGCACGUGGGCUCAGUAGUUGCAGUGCGCAGGCUCUGGGGUGCACAGGCUUCAGUAGUUGUGGCGCACGGGCUCAGUAGUUGUGGCGCAUGGGCUUAGUUGCUCCGCGGCAUGUGGGAUCUUCCCGGACCAGGGAUCGAACCUGUGUCCCCUGCACUGGCAGGCAGAUUCUUAACCACUGCGCCACCGGGGAAGUCCCACCUCAAACAUUUUUGGCACGACUACUUCAAAGGUGACAUUGUGCAAUUUAUAUGGUGCCACAUUGGGAACCAUAUGCCAGAAACACCUGUCCCUCUAUUAGCGAUGCUGGAUUUGGUCACUGACUAACGCCAUCACCAGAUCUCUCCCUUAUCAAGGUACAUUAGGGAGUAACCCACUGGGCGGUACUUAGCACCAUGGGACUGUCCUGUCCCCUAGUACCUCCUGGUUUUAGUAUCUGAUGAUGAUCCUUGUCUUAUACAAUGGAGCUUGCAAGAUGGUGUUUUCCUAGUUCUAUCAUCCCUCCUACACUUACUUACCAGCAUUCUUCUGUAAUCCCUGGACAGGCUUUUCAUCUAGUACAUUAGUGACCAUUUUCAUACAGUGUUGGGGGUUUAAAGAUCUGUGGAAGUCCAGCAUGGAGCCUGGGUUAAGAACUCCUGCUCCAAGUGAUGAGGGCGCCUGAUUGUGUCAGGUUUUGUGUGGAUGGGGAGCUGUAGCUGAGCUCUUCCUAGUCCUUUUAUUCAUCUGGUCAUUUGCAACAGAAUUAAAUUCCCAGCCCCAAAGAUAAACACAUGCCAUCCCCCUACAACAAUAAAAGAAACAAAUAACCUUAGCCUUUGAACUUCCAAGCCCCUCAGCAAAGCGAGUUGGUGAAGGGCUCCAGCACCCAUAGGAAUCACCAGCACCAGGACCCUUUCCUGUGUUACACCUCCAAGUGGCUGGGUCAGGCUCGCUUCCUCAACAGACAAACCAGCGAGUUGACCAGGCAAUUCCUAGGAUUUUUACUACCCUUAUUAACAUUCUAAAAACUUUAUUACCUUCAUUUACCAGUUAAAUUCCUUGAUUCUUUCAUUUGAGCUUUGUAGGUACAGGUUUUUUCCACACUCUUAAAGUCACACAUCUCUAAAUCCAUUGGAGCUUCCAGUUGGAGUUCAUUGUCAGCAGAAAGAUAAUCCCUUACAUUUGUACAGUACUUUCACUUUGUAAAGCGCUUUUUAUAUAUUGCUGCAUUAGAUCCUCAAGAAGUAGACUUUGUAUUCCUGUGUCGUUUUCUCUUUGGGGCUUUAUUUCUAGCUCAUUCAUGUCACUACAGUGAAAGACCUUGAAGGCCACUGAACUCUGCUGUAAUGGACUUUCACGUACAUAGCCAGUAAUCGGAUUGAUUUGCCUGCGGUUCCAAGGGCUUCAUUCCAGCCUCGCAGUUACCUGCGUGCCCUGUCUGCUGGCUGUCUUCCCAGCGACUGCUUAUUGCCUCCUGUGGGUCCUUCUGUGGGUCUGCGGCAGAGCAGGUUCCCCAGUUUGCCCCACGAGUCUCUCGUUUGCUUUAACUCUGGAGCUCGUGUGUCAUUAUGGCGGUUCAUCCUCACUUUAAAUUUCCACUCUUGCUCUACUUGUGCUUUGAACACUCACUGGAUUUGGGGACCGUGGGUUCUGGGUUCUCUCCUAGAUUCCCCCUCUAUACCACACUUAUGCUUAGUAUCUUCAACAUAAUUCUUUUACUCAACCCACUUAGAAACCCUUGAAGGUAAGUAUCACUCUCCCCAUUUUACAGAUGGAUAAACUGAGGCUCAGAGUACUUAAAUGAGUUCUAUCUUGUCACACAGUGUCAGGGGCAGGAGGAAGCUGUUGGGUUAAGUGUGCUAAGGCUCUAACCUCAGACAGGAAGUGGGCCAGGGCUGCAGAGGUAAACAGGACAAAAGUCCUCCCUGUGCUCAGCUUCUGUGCUCCCUCUUACGGCCAAGCCCUCAUCAGCACAUCACGGUCGCAAGCCACCUGAGGCUUCCUCCCACGUUGGUCUCAGUCGCCCUUGUUAGCAGUGGAGCGGCCAGGCCAGCUGCACGGGGGGCACAGCUGAGAACGAGUCCUGUGUGGUCAGGUCGUGCUCUGCCGGCAGGCUGAGUCUGGGCAGAGACCUGCUUUCUGGGGGAAGUGAACCAAGCCAAAACUUCAGCACAGCCCAAGGAAACAUCUAUAAAGGAGGACACCAGAACUCAGACUCUUGACGCUUCUUGAGUCUUGGUAAAGAACCUUAAUGCGCUUAGUCCGUGGCACCUGAGAUCUACAGGGAAGACAAAGGAGUCUCUUGACUCUGUCAGGGCCCCCCAUGAACAGUUGUGCAGCCCAUGCACUGCAGAAGUGAGGCAGCACUGUGCACAUAAUAGACAUUGUAGAUUUGUAUGUUAUGACAGUUUUUCAGCAGGUAGUUAUCUGGUGCCUUGUUCUAUCAUAAUUGGUAUAUUAGAGCAAUUUCCCAACAGAUGGAAGGAAAGGGUCUUGAGGUAGGAGUGCUUUCCCAACAGCGUGGCAUGGGCUGGUGGCAGCUCUGCUCUCCCUUCUACCAAGCUACCCUCUCUGGGCCUCAGUUUCCUCAUCUAUAAAAUGAGGGCGUUGGACUUGAGGAUCGGUAAGGUCCUUUCGCUCUGAUUCUGUGUGAGCCUCGUAGGAGCUGCUAAGUAUCUAUUGAUUGACUGAUCGAUCGCUGGGGCUGGCAGCUUUGUGCAAGGCUGCCAUUUCUGCCCCUCUGCUGUGCCUGCUCUUGACUCCGUGUCUGGUCUCCAAGGAGGAGAAGUCCCCACCAGUGAACAGGGACCCCUCUGAGCUCAGGACACCAUGGCUGCGUUGGCACCACUGCGGAGCCUGGAAGAGGAGGUGACCUGCUCCAUCUGCCUCGAUUACCUGCGGGACCCGGUGACCAUUGACUGUGGCCACGUCUUCUGCCGCAGCUGUACCACCGACGUCCGCCCCGCAUCAGGGGGCCGCCCUGUCUGCCCCCUGUGUAAGAAACCUUUUAAGAAGGAGAAUAUCAGGCCAGUGUGGCAGCUGGCCAGCCUGGUGGAGAACAUCGAGCGGCUGAAGGUGGACAAGGGCCGGCAGCCGGGGGAAGCGGCCCGGGAGCAGCAGGACACGAGGCUGUGCGAGCGGCACCAGGAGAAGCUGCACUACUACUGCGAGGAGGAUGGCAAGCUGCUGUGUGUCAUGUGCCGGGAGUCCCGGGAGCACAGGCCCCACUCGGCCGUCCUCGUGGAGAAGGCAGCCCAGCCCCACAGGGAAAAAAUCCUGAACCACCUGAGUACCCUAAGGAGAGACAGAGACAAAAUUCAGGGCUUUCAGGCCAAGGGAGAAGCUGAUAUCCUGGCUGUGCUGAAGAAGCUCCAGGACCAGAGGCAGUGCAUCGUGGCUGAGUUUGAGCAGGGCCACCAGUUCCUGAGGGAGCGGGAACAGCGCCUGCUGGACCAGCUGGCGAAGCUGGAGCAGGAGCUCACAGAGGGCAGGGAGAAGUACAAGACCAGGGGCGUCGGGGAGCUUGCCCGGCUGGCGCUGGUCAUCUCCGAGCUGGAGGGCAAGGCACAGCAGCCGGCUGCAGAGCUCAUGCAGGACACCAGAGACUUCUUAAACAGGUAUCCACGGAAGAAGUUCUGGAUUGGGAAACCCAUUGCUCGUGUGGUUAAAAAAAGGACAGGAGAAUUCUCAGAUAGACUUCUGUCUCUGCAGCGGGGCCUGAGAGAAUUCCAAGGGAAGCUGCUGAGAGACUUAGAAUAUAAGACAGUGAGUGUCACCCUAGACCCACAGUCGGCCAGUGGGUACCUGCAGCUGUCGGAGGACUGGAAGUGCGUGACCUACAGCGGCCUGUACCAGAGAGCGUACUUGCAUCCCCAGCAGUUUGACUGUGAGCCGGGGGUGCUGGGCAGUAAGGGCUUCACCUGGGGCAAGGUGUACUGGGAGGUGGAGGUGGAGAGGGAGGGCUGGUCCGAGGAUGAAGAGGAGGGGGACGAGGAGGAAGAGGGGGAAGAGGAGGAGGAGGAAGAGGAGGCCGGCUACGGGGACGGAUAUGAUGACUGGGAAACGGAUGAGGACGAGGAAUCGCUGGGGGAUGAAGAGGAAGAAGAGGAGGCGGCGGAGGAGGAGGAAGUUCUGGAAAGCUGCAUGGUGGGGGUGGCCAGAGACUCGGUGAAGAGGAAGGGCGACCUCUCCCUGCGGCCGGAGGACGGCGUGUGGGCGCUGCGCCUCUCGUCCGCGGGCAUCUGGGCCAACACCAGCCCCGAGGCCGAGCUCUUCCCAGCACUGCGGCCCCGGAGAGUGGGCAUCGCCCUGGAUUACGAAGGGGGCACCGUGACUUUCACCAACGCGGAGUCGCAAGAACUCAUCUACACCUUCACUGCCACCUUCACCCGGCGCCUGCUCCCCUUCCUGUGGCUCAAGUGGCCAGGAACACGCCUCCUGCUGAGACCCUGAGCCCCACACCCACCGAUGCUUCACUGCUCUGGGAUUCCUGGGCUCUGUGAUGGGAGGGGAGGGGCCUGGCUGGAGCACCUGGAGCAGGCAAGGGGAGGGACCCCGUGUCGCUGCCGCUCCCUCCUUGUGGCUGUGGCCCCCUUGGGGCCUCACUCAGUGCUGUUCCAUCCAUCCUGCUCUCGGGCUCCUCUCCCACCCCCUGGGGUUCCCGUGCUGACUUCUGACCCUGAAGUCCACAGGGCUUCUCCCUCCCUCCUGCCCACUGCCUUUGACCCAGCUCUGCCCUCCUUGUUGAGUAAGAGGCGAGGCAGCACCUUCUUGCCCUGUGUGGCAUCCCAUGCCAGCUGCUCUUGGGAGAGACCAGCUGACUAUUGCACCCAAGGCCAUUUUACUGCCUUCCAAUCCCAUGGCUUCUCCUUUGCCCAAAUCCACUCUGCUGCCUACCUCCCCUGGCACUUUAAACAUGCCUACUGCCACCCCAACGCAGAGUUAAACAUACAUGAAAAUGUUGGAAAUGAACUGAAUGAAAAUCCACUGAGGCUUCCCAGGCCGUUUAAGCCGCCUGGAGUGUGAGUGGAAAGCAUCUCUUCACAAGGUCCAGAGCGGAGUCCAUGCUUCUCUGAGACCAGGGCUGUGCAUGUGAGGUUUCCAUUGCCAGGAGGUGGGACUCCCUGAAGCCAUCUGUGGUCUGAGGGGAAGGAUCUAGAUAGAUGUGGCUUUGGGGUAACAGUUGUGAUUGGUGAUCAAUAAAUUAUCUCUGGGUUGGUCCUCUCGAGGAGAGUUUUUAAAAGAAUCCCAGAUACCCUCCUCUUGGUCAGUUCAUAUGAAAGCACCAGGGCAAAUAUCCAGCCAAGCAAAAACUCCCCUGCCUUGGAAGCCCUGAUCAGUUUUUGCAGCAGGGUAUGUAUGAAACUUGUGUCACUGGCUCUACUCAACAUCCAGCUUCCAUUUUCCUAGGAGAGGGGCUGGGGAGGGCAAGACAGGGCUGUGCCGGGAGAGGAGAGGAGGGCAGCAGGGGUCCCCAGCAAGCCACCAGGUCUUCAUAUCAAGAGAGGGAUCAAAGCGUAUCCUCAUCGCCCACGGGCCCAACCCAAGUCCCAGCCUCUGUCCAGGCUCCGCUAGUGCCCACAGUUGAGCACAAGCUCCUGCUCCAGCUAGAUUACCUCGCAGCCUUUGUCCUUGCCCAUUCCAGGCACUCUGCCAGUCCCCCCCGCUUAGCCAGUUUUAACUUCUCCCCUGCUCUAAGAGACUCUUCCCAGCCGCUGUGGAUCUCGGGCGUCUCUUAGCCACUACAUUAUCUGUAGUUGUACUCUUUGUAUAUAUCACAUGCUGCCUGAGUCACAUGUACAUCUGAUUUCUGCCUCUAGUUUUGUAAGCUCCUUGAGGGCAGACGCUGUAUCUUAUACUUCUCUUGUAUUCUCCAUGGCACCUAGUGCAGUGCUGGGCACAGAGUAGGUGCUCAAUAAAAACUUGGUGAAUGAA